UUUGGCUUGCACUUACUUUGUGGACACCUUUAAAAAAAUACACAUUGCUGUAUCAUCACGACAUAAUGUGACUUCCGCAUUUUAAUAGUCACAAGUUCCAUACAUCUCCGUAUCUCUCCUCCUCCUUCUCUCUAUUUCUCUCUCUCUCUCCUAGAAAAAGAGAAGAUAGUCACUGUUCUGACCAACAUGGUGCAAUCUAAGAAGUUCAGAGGUGUCAGGCAACGCCAUUGGGGCUCGUGGGUUUCUGAGAUUCGCCACCCUUUACUGAAAAGAAGGGUGUGGCUUGGGACGUUUGGAACAGCUGAAGAAGCAGCUAGAGCAUAUGAUGAGGCAGCCAUUUUGAUGAGUGGAAGAAACGCCAAAACAAACUUCCCAGUUGAGAAUAAUCAAAAGGGCAAUCACAGUUCCACUUCAUUUUCUUCCAAAACGUUUUCUCCAGUUCUCAAUGCAAAGCUCAAGAAGUGCUGCAAGUUCCCUUCGCCUUCCCUAACUUGCCUAAGGCUUGACACAGAGAAUUCACACUUUGGAGUGUGGCAAAAGCGAGCAGGACCACGUUCUGAAUCAAACUGGAUCAUGACGGUUGAGUUGGAAAGGAAGAAUAUUAAUAUUAACCAUGGAGCUUCUGAUUCAGAGAAUAAGGUUAAUAAAGCUAAAGCAGAUGAAAGCAACAAUAUUGGGUUGGAUGAGGAGCAGAUGAUUGCGUUGCAGAUGAUAGAAGAGCUUCUGAAUAUGAAUUGAUGUUAAUGCUUGAUUUCGCUUUCACGUGGGGCUCCUUGAAGGAGUUUGAAAGCACCAUGAAGUACUUUCUCGUUGCGUUUUAUUUGUUUGUUUGUCCUAAGUAGGAGUGUGGCAGUGUGCUAUAUUUAUUUUAUGAGGAUGUGGAGUGCUUAUCAUUGCUUACCACUUUUGUGUAACUGCAUGUACCCUCGUUAAUAUUUUAUGUGUUCUCUAAAUUCCAUGCAUACAUUCUAGUCAUGGUUUCGACUAAGAGAAAAAUUAUAAAUAAAGUGACUAUUUUUGGUCUUCCAA